UUUAAGCGUAAUAUCAAAUCUAAGCAAAAGAUCUAUGAUUCCAACAGUAUGGUUGCCAUGGAAAUAAAUGCUGCAAAGGGAACUAGAACAUACCAAGUUUGGCCAGGGAACAAUGUAUUUUUUUGUCAUGGCCGACUUGUAUGCGGUCCAGAUCAAAGAGGGUUGUUCCUGACAUCUGUUUCUAUCCUGAUUUCAACUUGGAUUUUCACCAUUUACAUUGCAAAUGAUUUGCAAAAUACUAACCCCACUCUUGUUAUCACUAUAUGUUUGAUUCUAACUAUAGUGAUUAUUGUCAACUUGAUUCUGGUUACAGCCAUUGACCCUGGAAUCACUCCCCGAAGCACUCAACAAUCAUCUAUUGAAGAUACUGAUAGCAGUAAUGGGAGUAGGAGGAAGAAGGUAACUAUUAAUGGGGUUCAACUGAAACUAAAAUUUUGUCGGAUUUAUAGGAUUUUUAGACCUCCAAGGAGUUGCCAUUGCGCCAUCUGUGACAACUGUGUUGAAAAAUUUGAUCACCACUGUCCAUGGAUUGGUCAGUGUAUUGCACUGAGAAACUAUCGGUUCUGUUUGGCAUUCUUGAUAACAGCAUUAAUGUUCUUUAUCUACAUAUUUGCUUUCUCUUGUUGGAGGAUUCACCAAAGAGUGUUGGAAAGUGGUAUCGGGUUGUUUGGAAUGCUGAUGAACUGCCCUGAAACCUUGGCAUUGACAUUGUUUAGCUUUGCUGCCAUUUGGUUCCUAGGUGGCCUUGCUAUCUUCCACUCCUAUUUAACUGCAAUAAAUCAGACAGCAUACGAGAAUUUCCGGAAUAGCUAUGAGGGCUCUCCCAAACCAUAUGACAAAGGAAUAAUAGGUAAUAUAACGGAAGUGUUGUUUGCACCUUUACCUCCUUCCAGAGUUGAUUUUAGGGCUGAAGCAAUGCCAAGGUGGAACGUGGAAGAUGAGAUGCCUCCUCUUGGCUGAUCAUUUAAAAGUUCAGAACAUAGUGGCAAAGCCUGAGUUGAAUGGCUUCUUUCAUGAGAGCAACAGUAUUUGCUUGGACAUACUGUUAAAACGUUUAAAAAGCAAAUGCAGAUCAAGAAUUUUUACAAAAGAGAUAUCAAAUAGCAAGUACCUAUAAAUACAAACUAUGUUACUCGAAUUCUAUGGUUGUCAAUGAAUGGAGGUAGUGCAGUAGGACUACUGUGACGAUGCCGAUCAAUAAUAUCAUGCUGGUGGCCCUUGUAGCAAUAAAUUUCUUCAUAAAUUACAAUCAAUUAAUGUAUCAGAUACUAUUUAUGUUAAAGAUAGAUAA